AUGACAGACCGACAUCUUGACGACGACUACCUCAGUGGUCCCGCAGGUACCUCGCUGCCAACCCCCCAAGAUACACCUUAUCGGACCCCUUCACGAACCUCGAAAAUGUCGAAGCGCUCCGGCACUCCCUCGGCGCGAGGCGAAUCCCCUGCCUCCUUACCGGGUGAUCGCAAGGAUAGAAGUUCGAAGCGGCUCUCGAAAGACAUCACGACUGACGAGACGAUUAGUAUCCUCGACCCAAGGAGGUUCACACCAACGUUGCAUGCGAAUCUUGUCUCGGAAAUUCUUGCCUUGCGGAGAGAUCAAGAUGAAAAGCUUCGGGUUAUUGAGAGCCUUGAGAGCACAUUGACGUCGACCAAGGAAGAACAGCAGUCUUAUCAAGAAAAGUUUACCACAUCUUCAAAGGAGAAUCGUUCUCUCAAAAGGCAGCUGGCAUUGUUAGAGGGAGGCACUUCCUCAGCACUGGGCGAACUUGCGCGAGAGAGGGACGAAGCUGUGGAAACAAUGAGCGAUGUUAAAAAACGGUUGGAAACGGCCCAGAAAAAGAUCCGAACCCAAGAGGCGGACUCGGAGCGAGUGCACGAGCUUUGGGCACAGGAAAAGGAUGCUUGGGAGGACGAGCGUCGCAAGUUUGAACGCAAGGUCCAUGUGGCUGAGAGCCGCCUGAAAACGGUGCUUGAAGAGGUGGCUGCGUUCCAAAAUGCCCAAUUGAAUGGCGAGGCGAGCGAGGCUGCCAACGAGAGUGAUACCGAGAGCGGAAAAGAGAAUGAUGCUUUCAGUGUGAGGUCGAUGAGCAUGUCCAAUACCAACCGGUUUUCGACGGGCAUCAAGCUCAACGGCAAUUCGCUCGCAGACGAGCUUCAUUUCGAUGAUGAGACCGACGACCAGACAGACUACGAUGGUCGGGAAAGCGCAUUGUCCCAUCGAACAAGCCAUUAUCAUACUCGAAAUAUGAGCCGCGACAGUUUCAGGUCGAAAAUGCACUAUCGAAAUCAAAGCCUUGAAAACUUGAAACGGUCUGGGAGUGUCGCACGCAGCAGGCUUUUUGUGAACAAGUCCGUGCUAGAGACUCUUGAGGGUGAGAUGGAGGAAGAACCAAAGCCUACAGUUGCGUAUACUGAUACAGGUGUUCAAUACUCUCCUCCACCUUCGCCAAAAAUGUCACCUGUCAAGCCAGCCACUCCUGAGCCUGUGCUACAGAAGCUAAAGACUAAUGAACUGGAAUCGUCGCCACGAGGGGACUCGGAAGUUGAGGCGAACCAGAGGAAGAAGAGAGUUCAAAUCACUCCUCCGUUGGUCGUGGAAACACCACCAGUUCGAAUUGUGAUGGUGUCAUCUGCCUCACAAACCGUUGAAGAACCGCUGAGCCCACCGCGGACGCCUACAAUCCGACCUGAGACCCCACCUCCUGUGAAGGAGCAGGUCGCUGUACUCAUGGUCACUUCAUCGACGCAAACGGAGCGGCUGCCACCAAGCCCCCGCGAAUAUGUCCCUCCACCCCCUCUGACACCUCCGCCCCCUGUGCCGAGCAUAAGCAUCCAGCCGCCAACGAGCCGGCCAACAACUCCACGAGAGCCUCGUUUGCCCCCCCACUUCAAGAACUUUGGAUGCCAAGUGAACUUGAACGCACAGUAUAUGUCCAGUGAGGCUUCGGUUCAGACGGAAGGAAUUCAAGUGGAUAAGCGGAUCGCCCUCCUCCCACACCAUCUUCAACCAUCUUCAAUCUCCUCGAGGCCGACGUCACCCAAUCCCUCCCCACCUGUCGACCCUGACAGCGUAUUCACACCGGUCCCAGGAAACGUUCCACCACGGAAUCCUAGGAGGCUGGCAGAUAGGCCCGGUGUUCAGACCCCUUCCUCUCCACUGGCUUCGCCUAUCGAGAAGGAUGAGAUCGGUGAUGCCUACCCCGGGAACAAUGAUGAUGGGCCGCUCUCAAGCCAGAAGCAGGCGCCUGUCAAACGUCCUCACCGAUUUAGCAGCUUGUUUGCUGGAUUCGAUACAGCUAGCUCUGACGAGGGCGAGUUGUUCGACAAGGAUGAUCUGAGCGAUUCAGAAUACAGGACAGCAUUAUCAGCUCCACGCCCUCAAUCCACGUCUACCACUCGGAACAGUCAACUGAGCCCACCUGGAACCGCCCCUCCAUCGCCGGAUCUGUUGUCAAGGAGACAGAGCGGAAGAAGCUCCGUUAAACCUUUCGGUACUGAGGUAUACAGCUCUUUCAGUCUCGCCGAGAAGGACGGGAACAGUGGGAUGACGGGUAAAAACCCCGUGAGACGGCAUGAAAGGUCUGCCGGGUCAAUCUCACGUGGUCCUGGAAAUCGCGCCAGCGUCAUGCGUAAAGCUGCCAUGAUCCAGAGCGGGAUUGCCAGCCAUAGCGGCCGAGCAAGGAGCCCUAGCAUCCCUGAAGUCACAAACCCUCCUUUCCCUAUCCCUAAACGUGAAAGUUCACGAAAGCCUUAUCCUAGUAUGAGCGCACCCACUAGCGAUGGGCAGAGAAGCCCAACUAGGGUAGGAUCUUUCCAACGACGAGGUGGUGGUCGUGGCGUAGUCCGAAAUAAUAGCUUGCGAAAGGUGCGAUCAGCCACAGCCAUCGUCCGAAACCAACGCGCACGCAGGACUGGUAGCCGGUCUCCUCCGCCGUUGUCCCCUUCGACUGAAGCUCCCGAGAGUCCGGGUCUCCCGCCACUACCUCGAAACGACAUAACAACACCCCGCCUACGACAACGAGGGAAUAGCCACUAUCGAAGACACGCUCAUAAGCCCUCUACCAACACAGAGAAAACAAGCAAUACUGAGCCGGCCUCAAUUGAAAGCACCAACCAAAGCACAAGUGUUGUUGAUGCUAUUGCUCAAACCAUGAUUGGCGAGUGGAUGCUCAAGUAUGUUCGAAGACGAAAAUCCUUUACUGUCGCCGAGCACACUGUAAAAGAUGAUGCCGGGAAUGAUCGCCAUAAGCGAUGGGUUUGGCUGGCACCAUAUGAGCGGGCCAUCCUCUGGAGCAGCAAGCAGCCUUCUUCAGGCAGUGCGCUCAUGGGCAAGACAGGGAGGAAAUUGACGAUCCAGUCAGUGCUGGAUGUAAAGGAUGACAAUCCUCCCCCGAAGGGGGUGGCAACUGUUUUCAACAGAUCAAUUCUCAUCCUGACACCGCAACGAGCCUUAAAAUUUACUGCAACAACGCCAGACCGUCACUAUGUCUGGCUUACAGCUUUGUCAUUCUUAGCACAUUCAUCCCAGGCCAUACCCGACAUGAUCUCUGCACCAGCUCCGCUGCUUAAACCGACACAAUUGCCUGUUGCCGAGUUUCCUCCAGAACCUAAACUCAAGCGAGGUGGCAUUCGCGAUUCCAUCCGGCUCGCAAAGGGCAGAACUGCACCAUCAAUGAGGACUGCAGUUCCUAGUGUCCCGAGCAUACAAAGCGCUCAAUCUUCUCAGUUAGGAGACGUUGCUGAAUUCCAUAUUCCGGAAACACUGGGCGUCAUCAGCAGCAGCCACGUUAGAGAGAACUCAGAGGAUGCGGCUGAGCCGCCAUUUAUCCCCAGGUUCAAUGAACGAAGUCAAGCCAUGGCUCAUGGGAGAAAACGAAGCAACACAGGAGGGCAUAUACCGCCUCCCCUUUCAUUUAGAGGGUUCUCAGGUCCUGUCAGUUCUGCGUCGAGCCACAACCCGACCAACAGCACGGCCGCGGCAAGUAUUGGUACCGCGGGAUCAUCUGAUAUCUAUCAGUCUCAGGGUUCCAGUAGCAAUGCCUGGGGCUUAGCACCAACAUUAUCGCAAAGAACCUCGGAAGCUUCUUCGCAGAGGGCUAACUUUUUCGACGCGGUGGGAACUGUUCGCAUGGAAGCAUUCAUUAGCCCACUCACCAGCUCGCAGUAUGACGAGUAUCCCGAUGCUAGAAGCGAAUCGAGUUAUAUUGGCCGCAGGCUAAGCAAAGAAGCUCGCCGGAGGAGAAGCCGUAGCAGAAACAGAUACCGCGAUAGCUAUGGUCAAUACUCGGCGACAAGUCGACGAACCUCUGACGACCGCUAUGGAUCGAGUCGCAUUGGGGGAGACGACGAAUCAUAUCGGGAUGAUCCCUUCCGAGGAUUUUAA